AUUGUGAGAGCAACACGUGGUCUUAACAACCAGUUGCCAGCGAGCCUUUUUGGAUCAAGGUGUUCCUGUCACUCGCUUAUCACUCGCUUUUUUUAAGAGGCUUUACGACCGAAAGUGCACCGUGCAGUAAAUAUUGUGAUUGAUUACAAUAUCUCAUCACGAUGAGUGUAAUGUGGUUACGCGAUCACCCAGGAUUAACCAUGAGCCUCUUCCUGGGUGUGGGAGUAACUGGAGGACUGGUAUACCACAGUCGCUCCAUUGCCCAGGCUGUCAAGUCAGCUAGGCUCAUGAGGUCAGUCAAGUCAGCCAGUAGAAAGGUAUACAUUGUCAACAGCGAGGAAAGCUGGUCACAAGUGUCUUCACUGCUUCUGAGAGAAGCAAGGUUGAAAGGAGCCAUAGGGUUUGACUGCGAGUGGGUUCAGGUGAGGGGGAAGCGACGGCCCGUGGCACUUCUGCAACUGGCAUCAUGCUCAGGAACAUGUGUGUUGGUCCGUCUGUUGCAGAUGAAGACCAGUAUACCACAGACACUUAAGACGCCUUCUAGCGUGAAGUUGGUAACAUUGGAUGAUGUAAACAGUGGAUCAGCUGAUUUUGUCACUCCACCAAAGGAACUCUUCAAAGUCAAUGAAAAAGAGAAGGGGAAUCAUAGUAUGAUAUAA